AUGUAACCCCAGGGCUCAGUGGCGCAUCCUCCUUCGUGCCAACGUGUGACGUCACGGAUCGCCAGCCCUAUAUUUCUCUGCGUAUAAUAGUGGCUAAAUGAUCAUGAUGGGAAAACCAAGAAAAGAAUCCCCACCAUUAAUUCAAGCAAAUGGAAGAACUAGUGGGUUUAAAAUUCCAAAGAAAAAAGCAGACGAUUGGUGUGAAGAAGUUCAAGUCAGUUCUCCAUUAUCAAGACUAGCUAAUCCUGAAUUCAGAAAUGUGACUCUCCGGAAGCGGGCAAAUACGUCCUCUUAUGAAUCCUAUAACGUGCCAAGGAAUAUGGAGUCCCAUGCAUAUUAUACGUCACAUGGCAAUUACAAGCUUUACAAGGAACCCAAAGUUAUCUUGACGGAUGUCCUAAGAUCUGACUCAGGAAGACAGUCCACACAAAAUAAUAUUAUUGGUUCAAAUUCUUGUAAUGAUGCAACGUUUCAAAUAAGUCCUAUUUCAUCACCUACCUCUAAAACCCCAUCCGCAUAUCCAGCUUUGAAAGGUUCUUCAGAAACCUUGCGCUUAUCCAGGACAGAACGUAAUAGUGGGCUUCAAAAUGAAGUGGAAUCCUCACAUGAAGUAGAAAUUGGCACUAAACCUCCAGAAAAUAGAAGGUCACUAGAGCCUAAAGCAGAACAAACACAAGAGAAACCAUUUAGUAAAGUGUGCCGAGAUGUUAGCAAUACAAGUACUUCCUCACAUAAAGACGUUAACUUGGGACCAAGAAAAAGCAGUAGUCUCGAACGGGGAAGUCCUGAUUCAGUGAAAGUAUCGGAGCCGAAAACUCCUAUAAAGAAUAACAUUGGGUCACCAAAUAUCCGUGAGCAGACCUACUGCUGCAAAAGAGCCGAAUACCAGAAUAAGAAGACCUUAAUUUCACCGUCAAAAGUUCCUGUACAAACUCCUCCAAGCUACCUGCUGUCGUCCUCCUCUGAACCUAGCUCAGAUGGUCCUUUGGAUUCACCAGACGCUACAAUCUCUUCAAGAGGUUGCGUGAAUGAGACUAAUGAACAAAAUAAAAAAUCUCUCCGUGGUGGUUGUUCAGUAGCUCUGCCAGCAGCUAGUUUCCUGUCUAGAUCCCACACCAACAGGCUGAGCAAAAGAAAAAUGCACCAAAAAAGUACCAGUAGAGAAAAUAUCGUGGUGGAGCCAAUUGUGCUGUCAAGUGACGAGGAAGAGAGAGGACAUGAGAAACAUAUAAGAGCAGAUUGUGCACAGGCUGUGCAGGACUCAUCAAUUGAAAUGAAAGAUGAUGUAUUUGAGAACCAGUGUCCAUCUCCGAGUAACGAUGCAGUGCCUAUGGAUUGCUCUGCUACUGUUGUGGAUGCAGUUCCUGCGUCAGAGGCCUCUGUUCUGCAAUUAAAGUUUCUGAAUGCUUACUUUGGCAAAAGGAAAGGAAGAGCGACUGACUCCGUUAAGUUUACUUCUAAAUCUAUUGAAAUUCCUGUGAAAGUGGCUCUACACGAGAUGACAUGCCUGUUAGUGGACACGUGGAAAGUGCACAAGUAUGGCUUGUGGCUCACAAAUGGAGCAGAGUGUAUACGAAGUAGCGCCGUUAUUAUGCUGUGGCUAAGCAAAGAGUAUGUGCCUCAUAUUGCAAAACAAGUGGACCCAACAUCUGGAGAUCAAACCUCUAAAUCAGAUGAAUUUAUUUUUCUGGAGUUAGUGGAACCCCUCACAAGCCAAGAGCAGUCUGUCAUGUCUGAGAUUAUGGUGGAUGCUAGUAAGAACGGGUCAUCUACUUUGUCUGAUAUUCUGAGCUGGGAGGAAAUGCAUAGCCUGCUGGAGGCUUUGUCCCCUAAGGAAUGCUCUUUCAAGGAAAAUUGUUUUUCUCAGUUUAAAAGUCAGCAGCACCAAGAGUCUAGCUGUGCUUCUCUUCCAGUUACCCCACCAGAGGCUAUAAAAGUAAAAUCCUACAGCGUGAUGCAGAAAUACAGAGAUGGCCAUUACUCAGUGUCUGUCUUGCCCAGACAAGACGGCACGCUGAAGGAAAUACAUAGAGGUGGAUCUCCUCUGAGAUUACUGGUUUAUCCUCCCCCUCCAACUAAAGGAGGUCUUGGUGUGUCUAAUGAAGAUUUGGAAUGCUUGGAACAUGGCGAAUUUCUGAACGAUGUUAUUAUCGAUUUUUAUCUAAAAUAUCUCAUGUUGGAGAAAUUUCCAAAGCAUUUUGCGGAGAGAUGCCAUAUAUUUAGUAGUUUUUUCUGUAAAUGUUUAACAAGAAAGGAUACUGUUUCAAGCGACAAUAGCUCAGUCAUGCCAACAGCGCAGAGAAGACACCACAAAGUAAAGACCUGGACUCGUCAUGUUGAUAUCUUUACAAAGGAUUUUAUUUUUGUGCCAGUUAAUGAAAACUCUCACUGGUAUCUUGCGGUGAUAUGUUUCCCUUGGAUGGAAGAAGCUGUGUAUAUAGAAGGGAAAGAGCACAAGGCGGAUAAGCAUGCAAAACCAAGCGAGCCUUCCAGUAGUGGUUCUGUUCUUGUAUUCAAUGACCAUUUGUCAAAGAAAGAGGAAGCCACUGGGGAAGAAAGCAACAGUGGGUCUGAAGGGUCUAGUAGCUCUCCAUCCUGCAGCAGUCAGAGGAAUCCAAAACCAAAAGAAAAUCACAAAGGAAAACUUUGCAAAAGGCCUUGUCUUCUCAUAUUUGAUUCUUUGAAGACUGGAUCUGUGCAAACUACCAUACAAGUUUUACGAGAGUAUUUAAGAGAAGAGUGGUUUGCUAAACGUAAAACUCCACGAGAAUUCAGCAGGUCCACAAUGAGAGAUCUAUACCCUAAGGUUCCAAAGCAGACUAACAGCACAGACUGUGGAUUGUACCUCCUACAAUAUGUUGAGAGCUUCUCUCAGAAUCCUAUUGAGAACUUUGAUCCUCCGAUGCACCUGGAGAACUGGUUUCCUGCUUGUGUGGUAAAGAAUAAAAGAGAAGAGAUCAGAGACUUGAUACUUCGGCUGCAUGUAGAGCAGUCUAAGAGAAGCUAAGGAGACGGCCACAGCUUUCUUCCACUCCUUUCUCCCCCUCUGUUGGAUUAGUUUUCUCUAAAUGUAUAUACAGCAAAGAUAUCACAAAAGGAAACCAAACUUCUUUGUAAUUAUUUAUAUUCUAAGCUAAAUGUUUAUAGAAAUAAAAGACAAUAUUAAUACUGA